UUCUACCUUUAGUUCCGACCCUAUCGAAACCGCCCUCGGAGCAACCCUCACUCGUUGAGCUAACGUCCGGGUUGGAUGCAAUAUCGAAACGUUUGUUUUUCCUCUGGAAUUUGGCACAACUUUCGGCCACUGUUCCGUGUCUUCAGUUUGGCGACCCGGCGGUGCGUGUCUUUUUUUGUGUUUGUGUGUGUCCUGCCGAGUUUUGCGAGAGCGCCGAUCAACAGCAGGAGAGAUGGCAUCCGGGAAUGGGUUUCCGUACAUCCUUCACGACUUGCUAAAGAAUGAGGCCUCAGCUAUCGUGACAUGGACAAGCACGGGGACUGCCUUCGGAAUCCUCGACAAUGCAGCUUUCGGGCAGGACGUGUUAAGCUCCUACUUCAAGCACAACAAAUUCAGCAGCUUUCAGCGGCAGUUAAACCUCUACGGCUUCCGCAAGAUCGUAAAGGGCCGCGAGUCUGGAUGCUAUAUGCACCCCAUGUUCUUGAGGGAUAGACCCGACCUGCUAUCAGAGGUACGACGAGGGAUUGUCCCGCCGUGCCCACCGGAGUACACCAGAAAAGUGUACGGCAGCGGACCGCGAUUCAUGAACCAAGACGAUGAGACAGACUCUGAGCCGGAGCUUGUGAUUCCGUCGAGAGGCAACAGGGACAGGAGUCCUGAGGUACCGUCCCCGGGAAUGGGCAGCGCAGUAGCGUUGUCGGGCCGCGCACCCCCUGGCGCAAGUAUCAGACCGGGCGACAUCCACCACCUCAAUCCCUACGCGGGCGGGGGCGACCACCACCACCACCCAGCGUACCUCCGCGGCAUGGCGCCAUCGCAGGACAGAACGGGGGCGGGGGGAGCGGUGGGAGGAGGGGCUGCCGCGCACCUUCCCCACAGGGGGGUGCUCAGCGGUGCUGGGGGCGGCUACGGCGGGGCCAUGGGCAUGGAGGACAACGGCUGGAGCCGGGCCCGAAGCGGCGGCGGCGGGGGUUCAGCGGGUGCGGGAGGAGCGGCGGCGGGCGGGGGAGGGUUUUACAGGGGGGGCAUGGAUGGCGGGGUGCCCACCGGGAUCCCCUACCAGCAGCAGCAGCACCAGCUGCAGCAGCAGCACCAGCUGCAGCAGCAGUACCAGCUGCAGCAGCACCAGCAGCAGCAGCAGCACCACCACCAGCACCACCAGCAGCACGGGCAGUACCUGCACCGACAAGGCAUGCCCGACGGUAGCGGGGGGGGGGCGACGUGGGGGGGCGCGGGGGGGGGGGGGUGUGGGGGGGGGGACGGCCUACUCGUGGAGUCGCCGGGGGGCCCGCCGUUUGGACGAUUCCUCGACGUGAUGGAUUCUCCGGUCGUGGACGGGAAACGGUAGCAACAGAAGACGACCACAUGCGUCUAACGAGGCGAGUUCGUUUUGGAGUCCUUUCACCAUCAUCCUACUUGCUUUCAUAACCAUCACUCUCACAGUCAUUUUUUCAACUAUUGAACAUUCGACAGUUCUUCUCUAGCCCUGCGUCGUUUGUUGUGGGCAAGGUCAUCUGGCUCGAAGCUCUUGCUCUCUUCCACUCCAUGCUGCCCUCCUGUGUGUGUGUGUGUGUGUGUCUUUUUUAUUAUUAUUAGCAUCGACCGCGCUAACCGGCUGACCAAUGAAAAUACGUCAGUGCCAGUGUGUGUGUGUGUGUGUGUGUGCCUUGCCUCCGGUUUGUUUUUUCGAUUGCUGACACCUUCUGUCUUUGCGCGGAGAAACCGAAGCUCACGGUGAAUCACGAUUUACUCUCCACGUCGUUGAAUAGUGGGAACAGCAAUAACACCUGUAGCCGUCAACACUGACGAACAACGCUAACAAUGACCACCACCCUCAUUCCUCAACCCUGCACCAGGCGCACACGCCGGGGAGCAUGGUCAGCCUGGACCAAUUUGUCGAAGAUGACCCGCAGGAAUCAAUAAAAUACAAUCGAAAAUGAUGAUUAAAACGCAACACACACUACACGUACGUACAUCCGUGCCAAGGCGUAAUAUCACCCGAGAAGAGGGGUGGACGCGAUAAAACGUGCGCGUUGCUAUUGUCUGACCGGUAUUGUGCCUGCCGUACCCUGCGCCUUGUUGCUGUCCUACUUCGAUUGGUCGACUCGCGUCACGCCGAGCAGCGCCAGCAGCAGCAGCAGCAGCAGCAGCAGCAGCAGCAGCAGCAGCAGCAGCAGCAACAAUAUUGGGAGGGAAGAAUCCCGGGGGGCGAGAUAUGGCCGAGCGCAGGCGUCAGCCAGACCGGACGAUUCUGAGAAACAUCUUUCCCGAAAACGUGGCAGAGAGAGGCACCGUCGGAGGGGAAGGGCACCCGCCCCCUCCCCCCCCACUGGGUGAAGACUUGAACAGACUCUCGCUCGUCAGCAGCUCAUUUGUUUGCAUUGGCGGGGAGAGAGUGGAUGGAGUCGGACGGGAAUAUGUGUUUGUGUCGGGCUACUGAUAGUGACAAUUCCGGAUGGAUGGGUGGACGGAUGAUUAAAGGCUAUAAAAAGUGACGCUUGGGAUAGACGGACGGGUGGUGACAUGAGGGAGAAGAAGACUGCCGCGAAAUAUCUCACGUGAUGUCAUGCGAGAACGACGCCUUACUGACUCCUCCUGACCCCUCCCCAACGGAAUGUCAAAGGAACGGAGGUACUGUAGGUGGGGUUUGAGUUGGAAACAAGUCGAGAAGCGAGGGGCUAGGGUUGCGGAAGGAACGAAUUGCGGAACGCUGGCUGUAACUGAUGCUGGUGCUGCUUCAGAACUGGCUCCGCUUGCUUUUUGUCUCAGCCUGACCUUUGUUUCGGUACCUACGUUUUUGUGUUGUUGUGUUCCGGGAAAAGGGGGAGGACGGGANGCGUGGCAUUCGGGAUGAACUUACAGCAGGGAGCCAGCGCUAGCUACCGUUGCGCUUCCGUUGUAGGAUAAGUUCAACACCGAAGCUGCACACUUAAACCUCUUGCCGGUCUCUUUCUUUCUUCUUUCUUGGAAACUUGAUGGUUUGUCUCGGGGUUCAGAAAAAAAUGUGAAAGAACUUAUUUGAUUGUGGCAGAGAUAGAGGGAGGUUGUCUGCCAGGACAAGUAGCAGGAGACCUCGCAACGAUACCUUGGGCUGGGUGGUAUGGCACAACACAGUAGCCACGGCACCGCAAAGAGGGUUCGAGUUCGUACGUACAUACGCUGAAGGGUGGAUGCCGCCUGUAUUUGUUCGACUUGCAGGCCUGCCGCCUUUUUUUUAAGUACACGACGUACUUAGGCCAGCAGCUUGCCCGUGGUAGUUAAAGUGUUUCGUGAUGCCGGAGGCAGCACCAACACGGCCAGCAGUUUGCCGGGUUUUUUAUAUACAUACUGGUUUUGGUCCCUCGGAGCAUGUCAUGUGGACUUUUUGUUUUUCUGUUGCAGAUAGAAGAUGUGGCUCUGAUUGAUGAGGACCUCUUGCUCCCUCUCCCUCUCUUUCGCUCUCCCUCUCUUUUCUCGUCCGCCCCACACUUGUCUACUUGUUUGUGUCUCUAUUGGUUGGUAGAGGAAAUGAGUAGGUGUGUCUCGCACCGCCGAGGGUGUGUACGUAUUCCCAUUUUUGUUGCUUCCCGAUGUACAGAGUUGCAGGAGGAGCGCUCCCCACCGCAACCAGCCCGCCACCGCUGCCGCUGCCGAAUUGAUUGGCGUUGCAGUGGUCGGUUGCUGAUCGAUCUGCGGCUGAGUUUAGAAUGGAGCGCCACCGGCGACGGGCGGCGCGGUCAACUGGGGCCUCGAUUGCCCCCCUGUCUUUUUCGUGGGAGGUUUCGCUGUAGUCUACACCAUCACCCACCGUCUGUUCUCCUUCACAAACCAGCCUUCUUCACCGUGUAAAUACUAUUUUACCUUCAUGCCAAGUGAAUGUGACUGUGGGACGCUACCUAAAACAUAGUAACAAUAAAUACGUUGCAGUUACGAACAGACCCGGAGUGGCAUCUGGCCGGUGUUGGUUGUCUUUGCGACGGGGCGGAGGCGGCGGCGGCAGGCAGUAAAUCUAGUCCAUGACUAUUCGAGCGAGUAGUAGUAGUGCCGCUGGCCUUUUCGGCUGUGUGUGAGAAGGAGGAGGUUUGCGAGCUCGGAGUCUGGACAAUGGGAAGGGGAAAGAGCUCGAAAAGCUGGGGAGGUAGGAGAGGAACCGGGUGUCUUUUUGUUGUCGGUCGUGAAGUGAAAAGCGCAGAUUGAUUCGACGGGUAGAUGAGGAGGGAAGGGUUUGGGUUUUUAUCGGCGGGGGGCGGUUGACCGAACCUGCCUGAAAAUUUGUGCAUCAAGAUCCGGUGUAGUUUGGAAUUAAGUGGGGGGACGGGGAGGAGAUAACGCCGCGGCUAUUUGUUGUCUUGAAAAUGUCCGGCACGCAGGAUUGAAUGAAUGCACGCACCUAGACAAACCCUAAUGCAGGAGUUCGCAUUAGUAGGAUAUUGUGUUUGAAGUAGCCUAAUGCCGUUGCACCAUGAUUUGUUUGCUUUAUUUUGCGUUGUUCUUUCGCUUUUAUUUUCGCAAGAGUUGCCUGACUUGCAAGUUAUUGUGUUGGGGGGUGCUACCUGAAAUAAAAUGGACUGGCGGCGUUCAUUUGGUGUGGUGGACUGACUGCUGUAGACAAUGUGCAAAACCAAAAAAGGCUCAUAACUCAAUAACAACACGACAAGGUACAGCAAUAGUACUGCUGUAGCACGGCGGCGGAAGAGCUAAAACGGAACGAGGACAGGACGGGAGGGCCAAAACUUGAUGCGUAAUGCCCGGGAGCCUAUUAGUUAGGUUGGCCAGCCACCACGAGGAAACAUGGAGAUGAAAGUCCUCCCUCCCGAAUUGUUUUUGCUUCCUCCUGUCUAGUGCCAAUCGUAGACUACGAUCGCUUUUUGAGUGGACCAGCCUAGCAUAGCUACAGCCUUGGUAGAGGUACGACACAUACGCAUUGAUUUCCCCACCACAAUAAUUCGUGUGUCAUGGUCUACAGUCCCUUUCUGCACAGCAAGCGGAGGCCAACAAUAACAAACAGAGUAGUCCUCGGUACCAGUUUU